AUGCUUUCUGCAGGGACCGUGUGCAGCCUGCUGCUUCUCAGCGUGCUCUGGGUGGACGUGGCCAUGGCAGGCUCCAGCUUCCUGAGCCCCGAGCACCAGAAAGCCCAGCAGAGAAAGGACUCCAAGAAGCCACCCAGCAAGCUGCAGCCCCGGGCUCUGGAAGGCGGGCUCGGGACAGAGGACAGGGGGCCGGAGGAAGGCGCAGAGGACGAGCUGGAGGUCCGGUUCAACGCCCCCUUUGAUGUGGGCAUCAAGCUGUCAGGAGCACAGUACCAACAACAUGGCCGGGCCCUCGGGAAGUUUCUUCAGGACAUCCUCUGGGAGGAGGCCAGAGAGGCCCCAGCAGACGAGUGA